UUUCUUCAAUCCGAGUGAUGCGAAAAGGCAUUUGCUAUGCGAUGCUAGGGGGGAAGGCUUCCACGAGUCCGGAAUCUCGUUGUCUAUGCAGUCAUUUGACCCGGGGUGGUGAGGAGAAGCCUGAGUCGAGAGAAGUUAGAUAGGCAUGAGCGCACAAUUAUUUUAUUUUUUAAUACAUUUACCCUCUGGUCUUUCGGACAGUAAAAUCAUAGUAAAGGAAUAUUUGAGCCCAUUUGACUUUUUCUUAGUGAGUAAAUGGAUUGGAAAAACGACGAACGGAUCUUCUAUCGAUUCUAAAAUCUAUUAGAACUGGAGUAGGGGAGAUUUGUGACAAAAGUACAACUAGAUGUAAUCAUAUUUUAUUGUAGCCGAUGUAGGCCUAUGCUAAAUGUUUUCCUCUUUCUACGUAGCUACUGACAUUUUUAGUUCUAUGAUCUGGGAUUGGGGCACGCUUUUCUCAGGAGCGAUUUUUCUUUUGAUGCCUUGCGGAUUUUCUUUUAUUUUGGGCAAGUAGGGUAAACGUGGGUAAAGGCAAAUAUCUUCUAAACGUUUCCUUUCAAUGUUGGAGCGUCUUUACGGGCUAAAGUUAACGACGUUGGAUAUAAAAGCUUUUGUAAAGUUCUAACAUCAAAUCUCGCACUCUGAGUACGACAUUUUUCUACGCUGGCUGUUUCGUCGACCCUCAAGAAGGUUGGCACAGUGAAUGGCUCAGUGCUGAUUCCCCAGAGGUCCCGAUGGCAUUCCGUUCACAGAGCAAUCAACAGCUGUAGCGGCCCUCACAGGAUGUUGGCGGUGCGGAGUACGCUGGUGGUUCUGGCCUUGCUUCCCCACAUUUUACCAUCCCAGGCCCGGCCUGCCAUCCCCGAUGAAGUCAACCCUGUGCCAUCUGUGGAAAUCCAAGCAGAGCGCUACACCCUUUACCCUGGGGACCGACUAGAGCUGAGCUGUAAAACCGAGUCAGUCAAUUGGACCAAGAACCAUGCAGUGGUGGUGGACGGGGAGCACACACGCUUACGAGACGGUCAGCUGGAGAUUGAGGGGGUGGAGCCGGCUGACUCGGGCCUGUACACCUGCGUCACCUUUGGCAACCACAGCUCUUACUUCUCUGUCAAUGUCACAGUUGAUAUCUUGGCAUCCUCUGAAGAUGAAGACGAGGAGGAUGAGUCUUCCUCAGAGGAGGCAAAGAUGUCUAGCAGUCAAAAGCUUUUACCAAUGGCCCCUCAGUGGGCUCAGCCCGAGAAGAUGGAGAAAAAGCUGCAUGCUGUCCCAGCCAGUAAGACGGUCAAGUUCCGCUGCCAGGCCAGUGGAAACCCCACCCCAACACUCAAGUGGUUCAAGAACAGCAAGGAAUUCAAGAGGGAUCAGCGCAUCGGGGGCUUCAAGGUUCGAGAACACAUGUGGACCAUCAUCAUGGAGUCUGUGGUGCCAUCUGACAAGGGGAACUACACCUGUGUAGUGGAAAACAAACAUGGAAGCAUCAACCACACUUACCAGCUGGAUGUUGUUGAGCGUUCCCCACACAGACCCAUCCUGCAGGCCGGACUACCAGCCAAUCUCACUGCGGUGGUGGGCAGUGAUGUAGCGUUUGAGUGUAAGGUGUUCAGCGACCCCCAGCCUCACAUCCAGUGGCUGAAGCACAUCGAGGUCAAUGGGAGUCGCGUAGGCCCUGAUGGCUUACCCUACGUCCGUGUCCUCAAGACUGCUGGCCUUAACACCACGGACAAGGAAAUGGAAAUCCUCCAACUGAGGAAUGUGUCUUUUGAUGAUGCUGGGGAGUAUACCUGCUUGGCGGGCAAUUCUAUCGGGUUCUCUCAUCACUCUGCAUGGUUGAUCGUUUUUAAAGCAGUCCCACGCUCCCCACCACCCAACCAAACCUACCUGGAAGUGCUGAUCUACUGCGUGGGCUUCUUCCUCAUUGCUGUCAUGGUGGCCGUGGCCAUCAUCAUCAAGAUGCGCACCUCGUCCAAGAAAAGUGACUUCAACAGUCAGCUGGCUGUCCACAAGCUGGCUAAAAGCAUCCCCCUGCGCAGACAGGUAACAGUGUCAGUGGACUCUAGCUCCUCCCUCCACUCCGGGGUGAUGUUGGUGCGCCCCUCCCGCCUCUCGUCCAGCGGCUCUCCUAUGCUGUCUGGGGUGUCUGAGUACGAGCUGCCCCAGGACCCGCGCUGGGAGCUGCCCAGAGACAGACUGGUGCUUGGGAAGCCCCUGGGAGAAGGCUGCUUUGGCCAGGUGGUGAUGGGAGAGGCUUUAGGGAUGGACAAAGAGAAGCCGAACAGGAUCACCAAAGUGGCCGUCAAGAUGCUCAAAUCUGAUGCUACAGAGAAAGACCUGUCAGAUCUGAUCUCCGAGAUGGAGAUGAUGAAGAUCAUUGGGAAGCACAAGAACAUCAUUAACCUGCUGGGAGCCUGUACCCAGGAUGGCCCUCUCUAUGUUAUUGUGGAGUAUGCCUCCAAGGGAAACCUCCGGGAGUACCUGAGAGCUCGGCGUCCACCAGGCAUGGAGUACUGCUACAACCCUGACCAGGUGCCCAUAGAGAACAUGUCUAUCAAAGACCUGGUGUCCUGUGCCUACCAAGUGGCCCGCGGCAUGGAGUACCUGUCCUCUAAGAAGGUAACAUCAGGAUCCGACUCUACCUACAUCAGCACAUGUAUCCACCGAGACCUUGCUGCCCGCAACGUGCUGGUGACAGAGGAUAACGUGAUGAAGAUCGCAGAUUUUGGCCUGGCCAGAGAUAUCCACCAUAUUGAUUACUAUAAGAAGACCACCAAUGGUCGUUUACCAGUCAAGUGGAUGGCCCCAGAAGCUCUAUUUGACCGGAUAUACACGCACCAAAGUGAUGUAUGGUCUUUCGGGGUGCUGCUGUGGGAGAUCUUCACCCUGGGGGGCUCGCCGUACCCGGGGGUCCCUGUAGAAGAGCUGUUCAAGCUGCUGAAGGAGGGCCACCGUAUGGACAAGCCCUCCACCUGCACUCACGAACUAUACAUGAUGAUGAGGGACUGCUGGCAUGCCGUUCCCUCUCACCGGCCCACGUUCAAACAGCUGGUGGAAGACCUGGACCGCACCCUGGCCAUGACAUCCAACCAGGAGUACUUGGAGCUGUCUGUGCCUCUGGACCAGUAUUCCCCCAGCUACCCUGACACUCGCAGCUCCACCUGUUCCUCUGGCGAGGACUCUGUCUUCUCCCACGAUGCUGGGGCUGAGGAGCCCUGCCUGCCAAAGUUCCCUCCCCAUUCCAACGGGGUGGCCCUCAAGAAGCGCUGAUACCUCACUCCCCUCAAACACCCUGACAUUCCUCUUACUGUCGUUCCUUCUCUGCACCGCUGGCCUGGUAUGAACUCUCCCAACCCUCCCAGAGACUAGGCAAAACACUGGUGGAGAGUGGAACAAGCUUAAUUCUGAAACUUUUAAAUGUACCGGUUGGGCAUCAAGGACUCAAGGCUGCAGCAGUUUCUUGGCUCGUGAUUGAGGUGGAUAUGUUUUCAGAGCACUUUGUAUUGCUGGGAUUGUCUUUCUUUUUGUGUCAAACGGUGCAGGAGAAGGAAAGACUAAUUUCUCCACUUUGGGCAUUCCAUGGAACAAGAAUAACAGACCGUACUAAACUGAAAGAAUUAUGAAUUGGAUGGAUCUGAGUUAGGAUUAUGUCUGUUGUAUUUUUCCAAUGUUCAUCAAUAAUAAAUGAUUUUUUUUUUGCUUUUAAGACCAAAUCCAGAGAAUAUAUUAACAAGGGACAUUCAUACAGUGCCUUCAGAAAGUUUUCACACCUCUUGACCUUUUCAAAAUGUUGUUGUUACAAAGUGGGAUUAAAAUGGAUUGAAUUAUCAUGUUUUGUCAACAAUCUAUACAAAAUAUUUAUAUCUAAGUGGAAGAAAAAAUUUAUGGAAAAAUAAAACACUCAUACCUUGAUUUAGAUAAGUAUUUAUAUUCCUGAGUCAAUACAUGUUAUAAUCACCCUUGGCAGCGAUUCCAACUGUUAGUCUUUCCUGGAUUGUAAAAUAUCUGCCCAUUAUUUUUUUUUAAGUUCUUCAAACUCUGAAGUUCUUUGUGACCAUUCCUAGACAGCCAUUUUCAAGUCUUGUCAUAGAUUUUCAAGCCAAUUUAAGUCAAAACUGUAACUAGGCCACUUGGGAACAUUCCAUGUCAUCUUGGUAAGCAACUCCAGUGUAUUUUUGGCCUUGUGUUUUAUAUUAUUGUCCUGCUGAAAGGUGAAUUUGUCUCCCAGUGUCUGUUGGAAAGCAGACUGAACCAGAUUUGCCUCUAGGAUUUUGCCUGUGCUUAGCUCUAUCUGUUUAUUUUUAUCCCCCCCAAAAAACUCUAGUCCUUGCCGAUGACAAGCAUACCCAUAACAUGAUGCAGCCACCACCGUGCUUGAAAAUAUGAAGAGUGGUACUCCAUGAUGUGUUGGAUUUGUAUAACAUAACACUUUGUAUUCAGGACAUAAAGUUAAAUUCUUUGACAAUUUUUUUGCGGUUUUACGGAAUAUUUUUUUUACAUUUAUUUAACUAGGCAAGUCAGUUAAGAACAUUCUUAUUUACAACGACGGCCUAGGAACAGUGGGUUUACUGCCUUGUUCAGGGGCAGAACAACAGAUUUUUACCUUUUAUCAGCUCCGGGAUUUGAUCUAACAACCUUUCGGUUACUGGCCCAACGCUCUAACCACUAGGCUACCUGCCGCCCCAGGUACAGGCUUCCUUCUUUUCACUCUGUCAUUUAGGUUAGUAUUGUGGAGUAACUGCAAUGUUAUUGAUCCUCAGUUUCUCCUAUCACAGCCAUUAAACUCUUAACUGUUUUAAAGUCUCUUUUGGCCUCAUGGUGAAAUCCCUGAGCGGUUUCCUUCCUCUCCGGCAACUGAGUAAGGAAGGACGUCUGUAUCUUUGUAGUGACUGUGUGUAUUGAUACACCAUCCAAAGUGUAAUUAAUAAGUUCACCAUGCUCAAAGGGAUAUUCAAUGUCUGCUUUUUUAUUUUUAGCCAUCUACCAAUAGUUGCCCUUUGUAAGGCAUUGGAAAACCUCCCUGGUCUUUGUGGUUGAAUCUGUGUUUGAAAUUCACUGCUUGACUAAAGGACCUUACAGAUUAUUGUAUGUGGGGUACAGAGAUGAGGUAGACAUUUUUAAAAAUCAUGUUAAACACUUGCAACUUAUUAACAUUGCAACUUAUUAUAUGACUUAUUAAGCAAAUUUUUACUCCUAGACUGUAGGCUUGCCAUAACAGGGGUUGAAUACUUAUUGAUUCAAAACAUGUCAGCUUUUAAUUUUUUUCUUUGUAAUUUCAAAAAACUUAAUUAAACUUUGACAUUGUGGGGUAUUGUGUUUAGGCCAGUGACACAAAAUCUAAAUUUAAUCUAUUUUAAAUUCAGACUGUAACACAACUAAAUGUGGAAAAAGUCAAGGGGUGUGAAUACUUUCUGAAGGCACUAUACCUUGUAUAUGUGCAGUGGUCAGUUAUUUCAUUCAUAUUACAAUCUCCUUGUAAAUACAGUUAAAUUUAUAAAUAUGAAUAUAUAUUUACACAGCACUCUUUAUUUUUAUUACCAUAUUUUUUAUUUUCUUUUUGUACAAGGAAGCUUAUGUUUGAUCCAUGUUUGAGUAUAGUCCAUAAGGGGAGUUGCUAGAUGAAAAUAACUAUAAAUUGUAUUAAAUAUUACUUGGCCAGUUUUUGCUGUUUCUAAAUUUGUCAGCUUUGCUUUUUUUAUACCAUUAAUCAAUUGGCUGCUUAACCACUAGUGGAAACAUGUAUUUUCUAUCAAUCUUUUCAGGUCCAAAUGUUUUUUUCAUGACAACCUGCAAUACAGCGUUAUUCUUAGCUCAAUGUCUGCAGUUGGUGUCGAUCAGAGACACCAGCAAUGUUCCUUUUAGUAAAAUCCAUGCUGUAGUUGUGCGUGCAUACAUAUGUUUAAUGUCUGAAGUGUAUGCUUGUGUACUUGUACGUUGUGGGAGUGUGCUUGUGAGGGUUUAGUCUUUUAUGUACCUCUUCUCAUUCAUGAUCUGUCAUUUAUUUUAAGUAUGAUCACAACUGUAAAGAUUUCUAGUUGUUAACCAUGCUUAUUAAAAAGAACCAGAAUUCUAUGCUUUAGAUAACACCAUGCACUUUCAUUGUGCAUGCCUGCCAUGUAAUGAACUUAUCCUCUUCAUGUUUUAACAGGAGGUCCAUUUGUUUUCAGGGAUCUUCUGUUAAAGGGUUGCAGAGCACUUAUGUCAUCGUAAAAGAAUUACAUUAAAUAAAAUGCUAUCGAAAAAACAAAUCAAUAAAGCUUUCAGAGUUUGAAAGGACUUAAUAAA